AUGCGCCACUCCAAGAGCCGCCAGGACCCGCCUGCGCCUAUGCAGGGUCAAAGGAUUGUCUUCCGGAUCCCAAACUACAAAUCAAAGACGGCCCUACCGCAUGGGUCUACGGAAGAGCCGGCAGAGCGGGCCUAUCAUUCUCGCCGGUCCCAUCGGAAGUCUCGUGGCGGAUGUGCCAAUUGCAAGCAGCGAAGAGUCAAAUGUGACGAAACAAAGCCACAUUGUCAACGCUGUCAGAAACAAAACCUCGACUGCGAUUACACACCUCAACCCGUCCGCUCCAAACCCCGAGAAGAUAUGGUUGCUCGGGUCUUCACAACAUGUCCGGAUCUGAUGUCCCGAGAGUCACUAUCUUCAUCAAUGUCUUUGGCCAUUGUAGCAGAGAAACUCAUUGAAGUACUUCAGAUCAGCUCGGCUGCCUCUGGGCUAGGACUUAAUUCUCGUCCGGGCUCGCAGUCAACGGGUCGUCUCUUGGAAGCUCUUCAGCAUUUCCACCUUACCACAGUAGCGAGCUACUCUUCUCAGAAGCGUCCUUCAAGUAUGGACUCGAUGAGAAUAAAGAUGACGCAACUUGCUUUCGAGACACCGUUCCUCAUGCACGCCAUAAUCGGCAUCGCAACAACCCACCUUUGCAGCGUCGUCCCCGACAACAGCCAAUACCGAAUCACCGAAGCACACCACUGGUGUCAAGCCAUACACCACUACUCCAACGAAGUCUCUACAGGUAUCACAAAAGAAAACAUGGAUAAACUCUACUCAACCUGCAUCCUCCUCACAACGAAUUCAACCCCCCGCGCCUCCUUCGUCUUCUCCAAAGAUCCAACAACCCUAAACUGGCUGUUUCUCCAAUCCGGUCUGCGCUACCUGCUCGAGCGCACCAUGCCCUGGAUGUCUGAAAGUAUUUGGUGGGCUACGUUCAUGGACUCGCGUACUCCAGACAUCGACUUUGAAGAUAAACGGCCUGGGCGUGUGGGUUUAGAUCCUGAUUUCGCGGAUCUAUGUGGCAUUGAUGAGACAUCCACCGUGGAUAAUAAUCCGUACCUCUGGCCCCUGAGGAUGCUGACGUGGUUGCUUGUCCUGGAAAUGGCGCCGAAGAGCUCCCAGACGUAUAAUAUGUGGAUGGGGCGGCUGGAGCCCGAGUACUAUGAUCGUUUGCUAGCCAAAGAUCCGCCUGCGUUGGUUAUACUUGCUUGGUGGUUGGCGCUAAUUUGUCAUGUUGAUGAGUGGUGGAUGGAGAAUCGGGCGCGCUCGGAGUGUACAGCUAUUUGCAUGUUACUGGAGGAUAGUCUCGAUCCGUUGGUGCUGAAGCUGUUGGAGUUUCCGGCUCAGUCUUGUGGGUAUCUUCUCCGCCACGUGCAGGAGAGGACUGCCCUAGAGCUGCCAGAUGAUGUACUGCUGGGUUUGUGA